UUUUUGGCACGUGACAUCACGUGAACAUUUUCCUGAGCUGUGUGGUCGGACGGCUGACCAGCAGACAGCUUGUGAAAAUGGCGACCUCAGGCAAGAUCGGAGCGCAGCAAGCUGCUCGCGAACAUGUUUUGGCUGUCAGCCGAGAUUUUAUUUCGCAACCACGAUUAACCUAUAAAACAGUAUCUGGUGUCAAUGGACCUUUGGUGAUUUUGGAUGAGGUGAAAUUCCCCAAGUAUGCUGAAAUUGUGCAACUUCGUCUUGCCGAUGGCACAAUUCGCUCUGGUCAAGUGCUGGAAGUUAGUGGUUCAAAAGCUGUAGUCCAGGUGUUUGAAGGUACAUCGGGUAUUGACGCCAAAAACACACUAUGCGAGUUUACAGGCGAUAUUCUCCGCACUCCUGUGUCAGAGGAUAUGCUGGGUCGUGUUUUCAACGGCUCUGGCAAACCCAUUGACAAAGGCCCACCUAUAUUGGCUGAAGACUAUCUUGACAUUGAUGGUCAACCCAUCAACCCGUGGUCUCGUAUUUAUCCUGAGGAAAUGAUUCAAACUGGUAUUUCUGCAAUUGAUGUGAUGAAUUCUAUUGCUCGUGGUCAGAAGAUUCCCAUUUUCUCAGCCGCUGGUUUACCUCACAAUGAGAUUGCUGCCCAGAUCUGUCGUCAGGCUGGUCUUGUCAAAGUCCCAGGCAAAUCUGUGUUGGAUGACUCUGAUGACAACUUUGCCAUUGUAUUUGCUGCCAUGGGUGUGAACAUGGAAACAGCUCGUUUCUUCAAACAGGACUUUGAGGAAAAUGGUUCCAUGGAGAAUGUGUGUUUGUUCUUGAACUUAGCCAAUGACCCAACCAUUGAACGUAUCAUUACACCUCGUCUGGCUCUCACUGCUGCUGAGUUCCUUGCAUACCAGUGCGAAAAACACGUACUUGUCAUUCUUACUGACAUGAGUUCAUAUGCUGAAGCUUUGCGUGAGGUGUCAGCUGCCCGUGAAGAAGUGCCCGGUAGACGUGGUUUCCCUGGUUACAUGUACACCGAUUUGGCCACCAUUUAUGAAAGAGCUGGACGUGUAGAAGGAAGAAAUGGCUCUAUCACUCAGAUUCCUAUCCUUACUAUGCCCAACGAUGAUAUUACCCAUCCUAUUCCUGACUUGACGGGUUACAUCACAGAAGGUCAGAUUUACGUAGACCGACAACUUCACAACAGACAGGUGUACCCUCCAGUGAAUGUGCUCCCCUCCCUGUCUCGUCUCAUGAAGUCUGCUAUUGGUGAGAACAUGACUAGAAAGGACCAUUCUGAUGUCUCCAACCAGUUGUAUGCCUGCUAUGCCAUUGGCAAAGAUGUCCAAGCCAUGAAGGCUGUGGUUGGUGAGGAAGCUUUGACACCUGAUGAUUUACUCUACCUUGAAUUCCUUACCAAAUUCGAGAAAAACUUUAUUUCCCAAGGUAACUAUGAGAACCGCACAGUUUUUGAAUCCCUGGAUAUUGGAUGGCAGCUGCUGCGUAUUUUCCCCAAAGAAAUGUUGAAACGUAUCCCAGCCAACGUUCUUGCUGAAUUCUACCCACGAGACUCUCGCGCUAAGUAAAGAUUUUCAUCAACCUCAUGAAUUAUCAUUGUCUUCAUAUUACGCCCUGUAGUAAAUUUUUUUAAAAAUGUUGUCAUAGCUCAAAGACAUUUGAGGGCCUCAGAUUGCAGUGUAUUUUUAAUGAAGUACUUAUUUUUUGUCAAUGCAAUGUUCUCUUGUUUUAUGAGCAAAACUGUGUGAAUAGGCAUACCUUUUGCGCGUUUCUUUUGUAAAGAAAGUUGUUGUUUACUUUGUGAUCAAAUCGGUUUUAUCAGUGAAAAGAGUCCUCUUUUCCAUUUUACUCUUGUGUUGUGACAUACAAGUGUUUAUUCAUAUAUUUGGUGCAUCUUUCAUAGUUUAUUGAUUGUAUAUAUGGCGGCAGAUCUUAAAAGCAGAUAUGUUGACUAUUAGGAUUGAUAUAAACAUUCCAAUCUUAGGUGUGCCAUAAUGGGCAUUAAAUGUAUACCCAAGCAUCUGCACUCAGUUAUGAAGCUGAAUUUGUGUAAUUUGAAAAAUUUGGUUUUACUUGAAAUGUUACAUAUAGCUUUUUCAAAGUACUGUUGCUUCACUUCUGGCGUUAAGUGUUUCAAGCAUUUAUAGGAGCAUUAUACAUGGUUCUUCUACAUUCAAGUGCAUCUGUGCAAUCAUGGUAAUUAAGUAAGCUUUAAUAACAAUAAAGACAAUAUCUCCAGGAAAGUAUUGUGUAGGAUUGUCUCUUCUUUUUAAAUCCAAACAGUAUUCAUUACUAUAAUGCUGAAGUAGUCUAUCAUGUGUCACGAUUAUUGAAUCUUGAAAUACUCAAUUUCUUGUCCAUCUGUAUUUUUCCCUUGUGAUGUCACUGUAGCGUUCAACAAUUAACAUCACAAAUCCUUUCUGGCUCUUCUCAAAUGGAAUUCUGCAAAGCAAUAAUUUUAUAUAUCCCAUACCUUUAUUUUCUUUAAAAAAUAAACCUGGGUGUACCAGUACUUAUGGAAUGAAAUGACUGUGACAUGACAACCCUCCGUCUUAAUUUCAGUGCUGUGUUCAGAGUGCAACCUGCUCUUUGUCAUGUUCAAAUUAUCUCUUAGUGUUAAGUUUUUUUUGGCUCAACCUCCUAACCAUGCUUACUUUGUGUAUUCUUAGUGUGCUAGUGAUAAGAGAAGAUUGAGGAAGUUGUACAUGAUGUAUUAUGGAAAAUUAGAGACAAUACAUGAAAAAAUAUGUUCUGUUGAA